CUAAUUUCCUUGCAUGGCGUGCAUGCUUCAUUAGUGUAAUCCAUGCUAUUUAUCUAUUUUUUUCUUGUGACUAAAGGGCCACAAAUCCGAAUGAGCUCACACGAUCUAGAAGGGUAAGAGAAGGGCUGCGCACAUGCCAUCUAUUAGCAGCCAGAUUUUUCCGUGUCUCUUUCUGUCUUGUAAUUUGCUUAUCUUCCCUUAGGUCUAUGAAUGUGCUGUAUGUACAUAAACCAGAUGAUUAUAUAGCUCCUCCAUGCACGUAUAUACCAGUUAUAGCUGAGUCAGUUUUCUCUAUUGGUUGAGUGUCCUAGCGAGAUGGGUAACAGUUAUUCUUUCUUCUUCGCACUCGUUUGUCUUGUUGUUUUGGCUUCUACCCUUGCACUGGCUUCUGCUUACUGUGGACCGAUAAAGGCUGACGACAGGGAUCGACUUCAGUUCGCUUUGAAUUUGGAAUUCUUUGAAGCAGAAUUCUUCUUGUUUGGUGCACUUGGUCACGGGCUUGAUGCUCUUGCUCCUGCUUUAGCCGGUGGAGGUCCUCCUCCGAUUGGAGCCCAAAAGGCGAAACUUGAUCUUGUUUCUCGUCAGAUCAUCGAGGAAUUUGGUUAUGAAGAAAUCGGCCAUCUCAGGGCUAUUAUAACAACGGUUGGUGGAUUUCCAAGGCCUCAAUAUGAUCUCAGCCCUCAAAAUUUUGCAAGAGUGUUUGACAGAGCACUUGGCUACAAAUUAGUCCCUCCAUUUAACCCUUACCUUAGCACUGUCAACUAUCUCUUAGCAUCCUACGUUAUUCCUUAUGUGGGACUGGUGGGAUAUGUUGGGACCAUUCCAGACCUAGCCAACUACCCUACUAAAAAACUUGCCGCAUCACUUUUAGGCGUUGAGGCAGGACAAGAUGCAGUGAUUCGAGCACUGCUCUAUGGGAGAGCUUAUGAGAAAGUGCAUCCUUACAAUAUUACUGUGGCAGAGUUCACUAACAGUAUAUCAUAUCUAAGGAACGAACUUGCCAUGUGUGGGAUUAAAGAUGAAGGUUUAAUUGUACCUCUAGAACUUGGAGCUGAGCAAAAGACUGAAACUAACGUCUUAUCAGCAGACGCCAAUUCCCUUUCCUAUGCCCGAACUCCACCUGAAAUUUUAAGAAUAAUUUAUGGAACUGGUAGUGAAUAUGAGCCUGGCGGUUUUCUGCCCAAGGGUGCAAAUGGUCGGAUUGCAAAGAGUUUUUAUAAAGUUUAGGGAGAUUGGUGAAAAAUUAAAUUUGCUAUAUCAGUUGCUUAUUUCCUAUGAUUAAGUAAUUUUGAUGUUUGAAAUAAUUUGUAUCAAAUUUGUGAUAAUGAAUAACAGCAAGUCUUGAGUGUGCCUAUUAGUA